AUGGACCGGAUCAAGCCCCCGAAGAACCUUAUACUGUCGUGGGAGAGCAUGGACGCUGCACUGGAUGCUCUCUUGGUUGGGCAAUCUGUGAAGGAGGCCACUGAAAGAGUAGCCGAGGUUAUUUCUUCCAGGGUGAUUACUCGGCUCCCUCCUCCAGCAUCUUCUCAGGCUCCCAGACUGAGUUCCCGACGUAGCAAGUCGUCUCGGCCCUCUAGCCACAGCAGAUCGAGCUCAGCUCACCAGUCUUCUCAAGCCCCCCGGCCUCAACGCUCUUCUACUGAGAGGAGGGAAGAGGCUCCGAGAGUUAUUUUUGAAGUGGCUGAGGAAACUGGGCUGGCAAGGGCGGACCCUAUCCUUCCUCCUGUGGAUGCUUCUGCUGUGGGACUUGAGGUCUCCAUUACAGAAGAGGGGGCUCCAGGAAAAAGAAAAGAGAUUAUUCUUAUAGACGAAGAUGUUCAGGAGGCCCCUAGCGGAGAUGCUCCUAUUCCUGAUGAGGUUGGAUCUGGCCUUGCUAGUGAUGGAGGUGUCAUAGAGAAGGCUGGGGACAAGCGCCCCGCCUCCCCCGAAACGUCUGCCCCAGCUCCUGCUCGGAAGAAAUCUAGGGCUUCCAAGGAGUCAGCUCCAGCUCUCCCUCCUCUUGAGAGAAAAAAGGCAGCUCCAGCUCUCCCUCCUCUUGAGAAGAAAAAAGAUGUUUCCACGGUGCCCCUGAUGUCUGCUUCUGACAACGACAUCUUAAACGUGGAGGACAUCACUCAUUAG